AUGCAGUCUCAGGUAGGUCAGAAGGGAAUCGCCAACAACUUCCCAGAUAUCCCGCCCUUCCCAGAUGAUGUCGCCACGGCACCUCUUCUUCGGUUAUCAUCAGGGAAACUACUAGCCGGUGACCCUGCAGAGUAUGCGAAACUAUUCCAAGCAUCAACCGAUAUAGGUUUCUUCUACCUCGAUCUUUCAGACUCGGAACAAGGAUCCUCGCUCCUCGGCGACGCAGAUACCCUAUUCAAGCUUGGAGAGAGCCUUUUCGAAUUGAGUCUAGACGAGAAAAAGAAGUAUGACUUUAGCGGACAGAACUCAUACUUCGGAUAUAAAGCACAGGGUGUUGCGGUAGUUGACAAGCAGGGGAAUCUGGACCGCAACGAGUUCUACAAUGUCUCAAAAGACGAUAUACUGGGAAUUAGCAACCCACUGCCUGCACCAGGGAUCCUGCAAGAAAGUCGAGCACAGCUGGGAUCGUUCAUGCAGGGGUCACAUGCGAUAGUAACCCUAAUCCUCGACAUCCUGAACAACCAACUCUCCCUACCAAAAGGAACUCUACCCAAUCUACACCGACGACAAGCAGUAAGCGGCGACCAAGUCCGUUUUGUGAAAGCACCACCGCAGCCAGCCGACGACAGACGCACCGCACUGGGCCAACACACCGAUUUUGGCAGCCUGACGGUGCUUUUCAACCGAGUCGGGGGUCUUCAAGUACUACCACCCGGUGCUGACACAGAAUGGGUGUAUGUGAGACCACUCCCUAGACAUGCGAUUGUGAAUCUCGGGGACGCAAUGGUCAAGUUCACGAAUGGGUUGUUCCGGUCCAACAUUCACCGGGUUGUGGCACCACCCGGACUUCAGGCGGAAUCGACAAGGUACAGUCUUGUGUACUUUGCACGACCCGAGGAUAGUGUGAUGUUGCGUCGACUGGAGGGGUCUGAGCAGAUUCCGAGGAUACAGGACGGCCAGGUUGAGGAGGAGAUUAAUAGCAAAGAUUGGAUUAUUCGGCAGGCUUUUCGGACGAGGGUUGAUCUUGUUGAUGAUAUAGAUUAUGAGUCUGCUGGUACGGAGCAGAUUAGUAUGAGGAUCAAGGUUUAG